UUCCGUGUUGGCAAUUCCGCCGGUGUGGGGAUAUCCACGUCAGUUUCAUCUUUAUUAAACAGAAAUCAACUUCUGGUUAACUAACUCGUUGUUAAGUAACGGCACAUGCAAUACAUAUCUCUGGCAGCUGAGCUUAGCUAGCUAUCUUUAAAACAGUCGCUACAGAGAUGUCAUCGUUUGAGAGCGAUGAUAACUACGAUUUUGUCUUCAAAAUAGUUUUAGUUGGAGAUGUUGGGGUUGGCAAAACUUGUGUCGUUCAACGUUUCAAAACUGGCGUAUUUAUCGAGAGACAAGGUAAUACAAUUGGGGUGGACUUUACAAUGAAGACUAUGGAUAUUCAAGGGAAGAGAGUCAAGCUGCAGAUCUGGGACACAGCCGGACAGGAGCGUUUCCGCACCAUCACACAGAGUUACUACCGUAGCACUAAUGGUGCCAUCAUUACCUAUGACAUCACUAAGAGGGACUCCUUUAUGUCUGUGCCCAAGUGGAUGGAAGAUGUGAAGAAAUAUGGAGGCUCCAACAUUGUUCCUCUUUUAAUUGGUAAUAAAUCGGACUUGGAAGAGAUGCGUGAAGUCCCCUUUGAAGAUGCACAGACAAUGGCUAACCAACUUGAGUUCAUCCAUGCCAUAGAAACGUCAGCAAAGAACUCCAACAAUGUGGAUGAGGCCUUCAACAAAAUGGCUGCUGAACUCAUCCUUCGGCAUGGCGGGCCCAUGUUCAAUGAAAACGUGACGGACAGCUUCAAACUCAACAGCAAGGACGUAGCAGCAGAGGGCUGGGGGUGUGGUUGUUGAUACCUAACCCAAUCUAUAGUCAUACUGUAGAGCUGUGGUUAUUGACACAAUUUCAGCGUUAAUGUGUGUUCCUGAGCUGGCAGAACAAGUUAACCUGUGCAAUACAUCAACUUAAUUCUGUAAUAUUAAUUUACCGGGACCAGUUUCAGCACUUCAAUGUAGCAGUAGCACAGCUCAGCUGAAAUGAAACCAAUGUAAGGAAGUUAACAGUGAACGGCCAGUAAAAAUGUGCCAAGAAGCACAUGCAAAGUUAAAGAACAGUUGCACAGGGCAGAGGAACUGUCGCAAUAUUUAUAUAGACAAGUUAAUUAUGACCACAUGGUAAUGAUCACAUACAGUAAACAUGGAAGAUAAUCACUAUCUUGUUGUCAUUCCACUAAUGGCAGAAUUAUGCUGAGGUUUUAGUUUUCCUUAAGUGUUCAAUAGAAAGAGAAGCAGUGCAAAUCAGGCUUAAUUGAAAUUGAAGGCAGAAUCCAUGAAUUAAAUGUGGUGGUGGGGAGUACAUUUGUAUCCGGUCAAAGCAGAGCAUCAGUAGGUUUUUCUUAAACAUCAUAAACAGUUUUGCAAUCAUGAUUUGUGCUUGUUCUGUGAAAGAACAUGCAGUAACUAUGGUACGGCAUGUUCUGGUUGAUUUGUAUCUGUGUAUUUAUUACACUGCAAUUUAAGUCAAUAAAACAGUAUUUUCACAAUAUUAAUAUUUAAAAAUGGAAUGCAACUGAGACAGAGUUGAACAGUGAGAAAAAUAGUUUAUAUACAUUAAUUCGAAUUUUAUCUUAAGUAUUACAUAAUGCUUCAGUGGCAUUAGCCCAAACCUAUUUGACAUUGACUUAUCUUGACUGUAGCUCUUUCAGUUUAAUUUGCAGCAUCCAGACUGCUCAGUGUCUUCAGCAACAGUUACAGUAAUAACAUUCACACGGCAAAAUGAUAUGUCGAAUACAUGCAAGUUCAGUGAUAUUGAUUUGUUUUACCUAUCUGAGGCGUGUUCUCCACAUGAAUACGUUUGAUUUAACUGUCACAUGGGUGAGAGGAUUCUUCACAGUGCGGAAGGGCUUUCUCUGGCCCUGUCUGGUGAGUUUUUUUAUUGUCGGAGAGGACCUGCUUCCCACAGAAGCAGUCUGCAACCAGUCAAUGUACUUCUGCUUCUCUUGCCAGGAGAUGAUGUCAUGUUUUAAAAUGCUUCACAGCUGGAUGACUAAAAAUAGCACAAUAUGUUGACAGCUGUGUAACUGAGAGGGAGAUGGCAGGGGUGUAUAAAACUAUUCAUCAACUGUUGUAACAGAAAUGUGAGUUUGGGAAUGACAGAAACCAUUAUGAGUAUUAUUACAAUCAAGUGCAAUGAAGGAUCAGCGUGAAAUGAAUCGAUGCCAAUGCUGGUUGAGGAAUUGACUUGUAAUUGUCGUAGACUGGGCCAUAUAAUUGAUCUGAAAUAUCCCAUAAAAUGGUAAGGGGAAUGAUUUGGGGUAGAACCGUUGUUCCUCUGUAACUAUCUGCCUAUGAGCAUACCUCAAAGCCAUAUAGGAAUUAAAAUGGCAAACUGAUAUUUUGGAGAACUAUCAUGAAGAUGAACAUUUAAGUGUGUGCAAAAACAUUUGUAUGAGGAAGGGAAUUUCAAUGUCCGUCAAGUUGAAGGUUAUUUUCUAGCAAUGUACUCUAGAUUUUAAAGGUAGUUUGAGUGGAUUGUUUUAGUUAUGAUGUCAAUUUCUACUUUCCUUGCCAAGUAAAAAAAAGUUGCCUUUACGGAUUUUAAUCAUUUUCAUGUAAAAACAUUUUAAAAACAAAUGCCUCAUAUUGCAUUAGCAUAUGAAGGCAGAUAUCAGGAAUUGUAUUACUGUAGAUCUGUUUCUAUUUUCUCGGUUUAUAUUUUGUAUGGUACUUGAUCAUUAAAACAAAUCAAAAAGCAAAA